ACGAUUACACUUAAUAUUACAUAGUUUUUUUGGCAGACAUGUAUCAUUCACUAAUGACAAUUAUGUUUAAAUCAGGGAAUCAUGACCAAAAACUAUGGCUUCCUUAUCUGCAUACUUGUCAUGGUCUUGGAUGUUGUUGCUGGCAUACUUGGAAUUGAGGCAGAAAUAGCUCAAAACAAGGAGAAGCACAUGAAGGUGUGGAUAUUUGAGUGUAGGUACCCAAGCUAUCAUGCUUUCAAGCUAGGUUUGGCAGCUGCCACUCUCUUGGCACUUGCCCAUGUAAUUGCUCACUUGCUUGGUGGCUGCAUCUGUGUUUCGUCCAAACAACAAUAUCGAUUAGCUUCGGCAAACAGGCAAUUAGCAGUGGCUUUUCUCAUUUUCUCUUGGAUUGUGGUAGCUGUUGGGAUGUCGAUGCUGAUCAUAGGCACAUUAGCAAACUCAAGAUCAAGAAAAUCUUGUGCGAUGUUCAGCCGCCGGUUUCUAUCCAUAGGAGGCAUCAUGUGUUUCAUCCAUGGAUUGUUCACUGUUCCCUAUUACGUUUCUGCAACAGCCACCAGAAGGGAGGAAGAAAAGAUGAAAGAAAACGUCAGCCAAAGCGUAAGACGCACUUGAUCAUCUUUUGUUACCAAACCAAAAGCGAUUAUACCUAGUUUUCUACCAAGUGUACAUUUAUUUUAUUUCA